CUUGAUCAUCGCCAGGAUUAUUCCAAAAUCGCAGCCAUCUCACGGAGGCUUCAAUAAUUCCUCGCAAGGUUAGCAGGGCGGCGUCGACCGAAGCCACACCAUAUAAGCAACUUCUCAAGCCUCAUCAUCCAUAUACUCAACCUCCCCAUGUAUAAAGCAUCUUAUCGCGCCCGCUAUCGAUGCUACAAGAACACCAAGCAACAGACACUGCAGCAGCCUUGAACUAGCCGCCCACUCGGUCGUUUCGUCAUUGAUCCUUUUCCUCGUCUCAUCCUGCCAGAACCCUUAGACCCUGGCUCCCUUGGGCUGCUGUUAGCCAAACCCGACAUUCUGCACCGGCACGUUUAUUUGACAGUGGUUGCACCCAGCUCGGUAAGUUGCGAGCUGCGAGUACACAAACUGGUGUUCUCCUCUAACCAGCCAACCAGCUGUGCUGACUAUUGCCGUUCCUGCAGUAGCUUCUGCUGCCCUCAUCAUGACAAGUUUACCCGGCUUCACCACAAACUUCCCUGCGGGAUACCCAACCUUUCAGACUCGCGGUGGAACUUUUGCGCGUGGUAGCACUUCUUCAGGAGGCUCGCCAUCAUUGCCACCCGCCUCGUCUGAGCCGCACUUCGACAUUUUCGAUUGGCACCCUGCAUACCAGAGCUGCCAGCGCUAUUUCCUCGACCAUGCCCAGCACGACAACGGUGUGCAGGCAGUGUGCGCCCUCAUCAACAUCUGUCUGCCUUUUCAAUGGACGCAUAAUCCCCUCAUGAACGCCUCAGGACCGCUGCCUCACUCGUCGGGCGCUGCUGCAUACAACAUGCCCUGGCCCCGCCAAGGUCCCGUCACCAACUCGCGAGGCCAGCCGGCGCCGGCAUGGGUCUCCCUCGUGCCCUUCAUUCGACGUCUCGUCGUCACAGGAAUGGACAGUCCAGGCAUCAUGCACGGCUUCUUCGGCGAAGAUUGGAGGAAGGGAGUCGGCCCAAUGCACGAGUGUGAGCGUCGCAACUACCUCUUUGCGGCCAAGAGCGUGGGUUGGGCCAAGGUCAAAUGCCAGUACGACAUGUCACCGCACGAGUCAGUGCCAUUCCUGAAGCCAUUGCAGGAGGUCCAGCUGGCUGAGAUCGAGGGGGCCGAAAAGACGUGGAGUCAGUGGCUCGCCAUGGAGGAUUGGAUGGUGGGCCCACGGGCACCGGAUGCGGAUGACCAGCUACAGGAUGCUCGUCGCCGUCCAUCUUGAAGCUUGGCGUGGAGUAUGGCGUUGUCUGGUGCACCAUGGUCGUCAGCAUCACGACCGUGAUUUGCGUCGCACCAAGACGUGUGUGGGUUUAUUUGGGUUGGCGAGGGCUGGGGUCAGCGGUCAGACUUCAGCGAUCAGCACUUUACGCCAUCGCUGCGCAAUGGUUGUGAAUGUUCCCCGGCAUGGGCGAGAACGCUUCUAUCAUCCGGUAGUAAUGUAGCUAUUCCAAUACCAUUAAUGUUACGUAUUUAGCUUGACGGCUUGUGUUCUC